CUCGGCUCGGCUCGCACAGGCAGUGCGGAGUCUGGAUGGCUGCUGGCCGGGCUGAGAGCAGGCUGUGAAGCCCUCUCCUCUCCGUGCGUCUGGGGGGCAACCCGGCUGGGACCCUGCUGCCUUCCUUGGCCUGCGCGCUCCCUCUCCCCCCUGCCCUCGGCUGGCUGGUCCGUUAUUCGCCAUAGCGCCCGGUCCGUACGCCCGCUCGCCAUGCCCUCAGGCGGCCUCUCCGUGGUGCUGCUGCUGGCCACCAUGGGCCUGUGUGUCAGCGACGAAGCCAUCCACUGCCCGCCCUGCUCGGAGGAGAAGCUGACCCGUUGCAAGGCGCCCGUGGGCUGCGAGGAGCUGGUGCGAGAGCCGGGCUGCGGGUGCUGCGCCACCUGCGCCCUGAGCAAAGGGACGCCCUGCGGGGUUUACACUGCCCGCUGCGGCUCCGGGCUGCGCUGCUACCCGCCCCGGGGGGUGGAGAAACCCCUGCACACGCUGAUGCACGGGCAGGGCGUCUGCACUGAGCUGUCUGAGAUCGAGUCCAUGCAGGAGAGCCUCCAGCCGGCAGAUAAGGAGGAGAUCGACCACCCCAACAACAGCUUCAGCCCAUGUAGCAUCCAGGACCGGAAAUGUCUCCUGAAGCAGCAGGCAAAAACCCGCGACCGGGUGAACAGUGGCGUGAAGAUGAGGAGCAACGGGAACUCGCAUCAUCGGGAGGAGACGAGGCAGAUAGCCCAGGGGUCGUGCCAGAGCGAGCUGCAUCGAGCACUGGAGAGGCUGGCCGCAUCCCAGACCCGCACCCACGAGGACUUGUACAUCAUCCCCAUCCCGAACUGCGAUCGCAACGGCAACUUCCACCCCAAACAGUGUCACCCGGCCCUGGACGGGCAGCGUGGGAAGUGUUGGUGCGUGGACCGGAAAACUGGCCUUAAGCUGUCGGGAAGCCCGGAGCUGAAGGGCGACUUGGAUUGCCACCAGUCUGUGGACGGCGUGCGAGAGUGACUCGGCGGUAAACGGGGGACAGGGAGAUUUCCUUGGCGACCGGCCGGGGCCGAGCCAACCCAUUGGUGCUGUUUCUGAGUGGAAAGGAAGGGGACACGACCACAAACAAACCUCGCUGGGUUCGGGGGAUGCCAAGAUGUGCUAAUGCCCUCGCGGAACUGCUGUCGCGCCCCCUGUACCUCAGAGCCGCUCUGCCCUGCACCCCCUGCCCACGCGCCCCUUGAUUCCGACAUUGCAAUUCUACCCUGGGCUCUGUGCACGGACGGGGGCGCGCCCUGGCUGACAGGGGGGUGGGGUUGGGCCUCCAGGCCAACAUGACCACUAGCAACGAGUAACUCUAGGGACGUCACACUCAGGGGUACGUUACCCCCCAGCCUCUCCGGCCCCGGCCCCCGGACAGCCUCCCGGUGUGACCCCCUCCCCCAACUUCCCACUUUGCUCUCGCUCGCCCCGGCCAGCGGGGGCGCCGUGGAGCUGCGGCUUUGCCAGCCCUAGCGCUGUCUCCGGGGCAGGCGCGGGGAUGCGCUGCAGCGGCCGGAGGGAAGGAGGGGCUCUUUGGAGAUCAUUUUGCCACAGUCCGAUGACAGAGAGCAACAGACACAGGCCCCCAGAGUCGCCUCAGUGCUGCCGCCGAGUAUUUGCCUUAUAUUAGACGCCUAGUCAUGGCCCUGCUCACGGUGGCUGCAGGACUGUUGGAGUCGCAGCCCUGCCCCCCACUGCCCCCAUUUUUUCAGUGUGGUUUCACCAGAAGGUGUGCUAGGAUUUCCCUGCAUUCCCAUGCCCUUUCUCCUGUGCCUGCCGGAUUAAGGCGUGGGGACUACAGGCUUGUCUCUAGGGCCCCAGCACUGGGAGCCAUGUCAUUGCAUCCGAAUCUCCGCUUUCAUUUGCCAAAAGAAGAAGUAAGUUGCUAGCCCUCGUGAUGGCAGAGAAACGCGCAAUGAUAUGACCCAAGUGCUACUUACGGAUGCAGUGAGAAGUUCCUGAGUCUUCAGAGAGCCUGAAACAAGAGCUCGGAGAGGGGGGCCUGCUCUGCUCAUUUCAAUGGGGUGUUAACUCCAGGCCCUGCCAACCCCACCCCAGCAGAGGACUCUGUAUGGGAGGAAGAGAAGCGUGCAGUGGUCUGGUUCCCCCAAACAGAUACACCCCGGCAGGUCAGGUAAGUACCGGGGGGAGGUGGGGGGAAGGGGGGAGGCUUACUACCACGCCUGCCUGUCAAGAGGAGCACUAAUGGGCCGCUCACCAGACAGUUCAUGGGUGGGUGAUUGGAGGGGCGAGCCAGGGGAGGCCCUUGUUGUUAUGUGCCUGGGAUCCUAGAUUGCAUUGAUGUGGCCUGUUGACACACAGGGCAGCAUGUAUCCGUGUCAGUGACGUAUGUGUGGGUAGGAGCGUACGGGGUGGGUGACAGGAGACGUCUGAGAAGGUCUCAGGGAGGCAGGUAGCAAUGGACAUAAGAUCCCUCUCCAGUGUUUCCUGGCUCGUCGCUCGCGCUUACCGUGAGCCCCACAAGCUCUGCCUCUCACGGUCCCUGCAGUCCCGCAAUUCGGGGAGAACUCUGGCGUGCCUUUAACAAGUGGGACAUUUCUCGCCCCGCUGGCUGCAGGGAACAGCCUGAACGCGUGACCCAGGGGCACCCGAAAGGCUGCAAACCCAGAAGACAAAUAAAACGCGACCCAAACUGA